ACGUUCCGAUUGCAUAUAUCAAGCGUUUCGCAACUACAGACUGCCUUUCGAGCGUUUGUCAAGCAAGACUGACCUUGGCAAGAUGGGCAUACUCAGCAGAGUUGUUAACAGUAUUCCAGGCCUUAGUGGUUUAAUAUGGAGAACUGCAGAGUUUCCUAAGCUGGGCCUGAUGAUCCACGACUUGUACUGUCCAAUCAAGAGUCCGGUAGUGAAGGAGGCGAUAAAACGUCUUCCUGAGCGGGUAGCUGUGGAGAGGCAACUCAGAAUCAGUCGGGCUAUUACUCUUGGCAUGGCCCAUAAACACCUUCCCCAGGAAGAGUGGAUGACCCCAGAGAAAAAUGUUCCCUACAUGGAUGAAGCCAUCAAACAAGUAGAGCGGGAGAUGAACCUAAAGGCUCAACUCAAUGAGCAGAUCUACAGCUUCAAGAGCUCCAACCUGGCCAUAUCUGGCAGCUUGAAACAUGCCCUGCCACCAAGCAAAUAACUAAUGCGAGGAAAUGAUAGUGACAUUGUGUGCCGGUUCAAUUCUGAAAAACAUGGAGUUAUUUUAAUAUUUGAAAUCUUUUUUUUUUUUUUUUCUGUAAUAAGUUAUUUUUUAAUGGCGUUAAGAUACUUAUUGCAAGGUGUAUGUUUUUGGUGUAUAGAAGUUAUCAAUCUUUAAUUAAAUUAUUUCAGACAAAGGAAACAUAAAAACAGCUAUUUUAUCAUUCAUGUGUAUAAAAGUGUACUUCAAUAUUUUUAUAUGCAGGUUCAUGGAUAUUUGGCAAACUGUGUGAUUUAUUUAAUGAUUGUUUAUUAAUAAUAAAUUAAAACAUGUU